AUCUUCUGAAUAUACAUAGCAAUAGCAAUACCCAGAAGUGGUCGCUUGAUAGUUCCUAGAGAAAUACAGAGGUCUUUUGGUGAACUAAAAUCUGCCUAUCAACAUCAAGAGAAACAUGACAAGACGACACUCAGAAGAGACAAGAGCAGCAUGAUUCAGCAGUACAAGACAUCAGUCAGUAAACUAUGUGAGUUCACGUGUAACCUUCCCUCAGAUGAACGUGUGCACCUGGACGCUUGUUAUAUUGAACCAGUGAUCUAUCAGAGGCGAAAAGAGCACCAGCACAGUCAACAUGUUCAAACUCAGUUGUUUUCAAAUGACAACAAUCAAAUCAUCCGACUCGACCAACUGUUCAGUCCUGACCGUGAUGGGAACAUACCAAGAACUGUGAUUCUCAGUGGAGACUCUGGAAGCGGCAAAUCCUUCAUGUUACAAAAGAUCAUGUUCGACUGGGCCUCUGAAAGACUUUUCUGUGAAUACUUUGAAGUCGUUUUCCUUCUGAAAUUUGAAAUGCUGAAAUGUAUGAACUUAACUGAGCUCUUGAGCGAGAGUUGCAGUUUAGCAUCACAGGAGGUCACACAUAUACUGGAAUCAACAGGAAAAGUCCUCUUCCUUAUUGAUGAUUUUGAGGAUGAGAUAUUUUCUCUUCACAGUCAGAUAUCAGCACUAUCAAAUACCUCAACAAUUGAUGCUUCUUUUAGGAAGCUCUUGAUGGGAUGCUUGCUGCCAGAAUCGUAUCUUCUGGUCACCACCAAAUCUACAGCUGCAGUUACAGCAAACAACCUCCUCAAAGGACGACAGCGUUUCACUGAGAUAAUGGGCUUCUCUAUGAUGGGGAUUGAGUGGUACUUCAGGAAGUGCUUUCAGGAUGAACAGCUCUUCUUGGAAGCGUACGAGUGUUUGAAGUCAAAUGAAACCCUUGUUAAUGCCUGCUCUGUUCCUUUGCUGUGUUGGGUUGUCUGUUUUUGUCUGAAGAAGCAUGUUAUACACAGUAAAAGAGUUAUGAAGGAGUUGGAGACAACUACAUCCAUAUACAUGCAUUUUGUAUCUGCUGUACUAGAGGACCAUUGCAGGAGUCAGUCUGAGCUCACGCUGAAGAGAUUGGGUCAGCUAGCAGGGAAAGGCGUACCAGAGAAGAGAGCCCUGUUUGAUGCAGGGAUCGUGUCUGAGACCGGCUUAGAUGCUGACGGUUGUCCAUUUCUCAACAAAGAAAUUUUGAACAGAAAACAAAGCUUCAAGUUUGUGCACGAUAACUUUCAGGAGUUCUUCAUUGCAAUUAACGUUGUGUCCCCCUAUGAAGAAGCAUACAAAAAUAAAUUGAGAAAGUACCACUUGUCUUUCAUUUUGCACCAUAAAAGGUCAAAUCCCAUUUCUCUCCUGUUCCUCUGUGGACUUUGUAGUAAGGAGGUAAGCGGCUCACUUUUAACAAAGUACAGCUGGGAUGUUCCUCACCCUGUAAGAGAUUGUGUAGAGAACAUAGUCCUGACCUUUCUUCAAAACUGUCCACAUGAAGAUAAGAUAUUUGCUCUUCAGUGCCUCUAUGAGUACCAGGAUGUGGGGUUUACGAGGAGAGCCCUUGAAAGUUGGGAAUCUCUGGAUUUGUCUUGUAUUUCCCUGAAGAGACUAGACUGUUGGGUGCUGCUGUACUGUCUUCAGUGCUGUCCACACAUUACACAACUGAACCUCACACAGUGUGGUUUAACAGCUGAUAAACUCAGGAUUCUUCAGCCAGCGCUCUCUAUGUGUAAGAGUCUAAGGUUGACAGUGGAUCACCUGUCAGAAGUUGAAGAUUUGAUCCGAGAGCUUGGUGCAUCAAAGAUGCUGGAAAAACUAAUUUGUCACAGGAUGAUGAAUUGUCUUUUAUUUAUUGGCAGCAAACGAGGAGAUGAAUACAGUGAUAGCUGCUACAAACUGGUACAUAACAGAUGGCCGCUUGACCUGGCAGUCACAGAGAGAGAUUUUCUGUUAAGUUUUAGGUGUCGCUCCUUCAUCCAUGCCAUGAUGUCCGAAAGGCAAACUGAGAUAUGUGCUGAAAUCAUAAGAUCGGCCGGCUGGAACGACAGGUUACAUGUGAGCCUCUCGAAGAUGAAUCCACCAUGUCCCUCGCUCUUAAAAAUCACUCUUACGUGUCCUCACUCAGAGAUAUCCAGAAAUGACUGGACAGUCUUCUUACAGAGACUCUGCAAGGCAGAAAAUCUAGCAGAGGAUUCUCCAGACGUCAGUUCACUCCUGUCAUGGCUUCACUUUGUGGGUCUGAAGACGCUGGAUGUGAAGGUGGUCAGUCUGACAGAGACAUGGGCUAGAGGGAUCAUUUCCAUCAUCCAGACUUGCACAAGUCUGCAGCAGCUCAGUAUUGAAGAACAGAGAGGCAGUCGUAACAGUCUUUUCUCAUCACUCAGUUUUUUAGUUUGUGAUCAAGAUAUCAGUCUGGCUGUAAGGCUCAGAUGGAAGAUGGAGGCUCUCUCAAGAGUCUGUCUCACUUGUCCACACUCGACGUUAAGCAGCUCCAACUGGAGAAUCUUCUUCCAGAGAUUUCACAAAGUUUCUCAAUACCAAUCAGAUUCUUCUGAAGAUGUGGAUGCUUUGUUUUCUUUCCUGCGCUCUGUAAGUGGUUUGAAAAGGUUGGAGCUGAUGAUAUUUAACAUGAAUAAAUGCUGGGCCAUCUGGAUUCUCUCCCUCGUCCAAGCCUGCACCAGUCUCCAAGAAAUCUGUGUCAGUGUUACUGGGUUGCUGGUGACGGAGGCACACAUGUUACUACAGAAAUCACUGACGGAUCCACACUGCACUGUGAUCAUUAAAAGACUUAAGUGUAGUACACCUACCCACCAGUGUACAGAGAACUGGAGUCACAUCUGUCAUGAGAAAGAGGAGAUUUGCUUUAAACCAAAAGUAGUAGAAAAGCUGAUCAUCCCUGAACUCACUAGUAUGAAUCCUCACACACAUUCUGUCUGUGAGUGUUGUGUUGACAUAGUUGAUUCUGAUCAGUGGGUUCAGGUUAAUCCAUCAGUCCUUAGAGAUGAAGGAGAGUCAAAGUUCAGGAUCAGCACUGAGCCGGGUCAUUACGAGUGCAUCAGAACCAGAUUGCGAUGGGUUUGUGAUUGUGAUGUCACUCUUCAGUAUCAUACAGUGGACGGACGUUCCCUCACUGCAGAGCUGGAAAGACUUCAGUAUGAGCGAAUUGGUCCUGUGAUUGAUGUGACGGUGAUCUCUGGGAAACUGAAGGAGGCACAUCUCCCUCAUUACGCCUGUUUAGCAGAGUCUGACCCCUCGCUCAAAGAUGCUGUGAAGGUCCUCAGCCAAAAAGAUGAAGGGGUAGUUUUACGUACUGUUGAGCUGACCCGCUUUCAUGCCAAAAUAGUCAAACCGUCAUUUUCCAUCACAACUCUCGUUAUAAGUUGGCUAAUGCAAUGGGAGGAACACUGCGAUCUUCUUCUUUACAUGCGAUGUAAAAGUCCUCUCAUACUUCAUGUCUACUUCUUUCCAUUGAAUGAUAAUUGUUCAAAAAAAAAGGUUGAGCAGAAUGAAAAAUCAAGCCUUCAGAUCAGCCAUCCCAGACCUAACAGGCCUUUUCGGAUGAAAACACCUCAUCUUCUCGAGGUUCUUGAUGCUUUUGUACAUCCCAUCGAGGGAAUUUCAUUUCAGAGAGACAUCCACCCAAACUUCUUCAAGGUUAAGCAGGAUCGAGAUGGUGAUGUAGAAAUGACUCUUAUUAGAGAAGAGGAUCGCACUACUGUGUGGAAAGCAACAAUUUGGAAAAAUGAACUUCCAGGGCAAAUUAAAAAUGAGCCACAGUGGCAUCGUAAGAUUGAUACAGAUCAGUUUGUUCAUAACCACUGGUCAAAGCUUGUUAAAGGAGUUAAAUGUGUGAAGAGUAUUGCAGAUAAGCUGCGUGAGCAGAAAAUAAUUAAAGAUGAACUGUACUCACAAAUCACACAUAUGAAUUUAACUAGUCAGGAUAGCAUGAGAAAGAUCUGUUCCAUUGUGGAUUCAGGUAGUAGGCUUGUCAAAGACAAAUUUAUCUCUAUUCUUCAGGAAGAGGAGCCUGACCUUUAUGAAGAACUGUUAUGUUCUGAUUGAGCUGAAUGUAAAACAGCAACUACAGAGAAGACAUAUGAAAGCAGGUUCUUCAAUAAAUAAGAAAACAUUUCAUAAAUUUCAUAAAGUCCUAAAUACUUUUUCCCUUUUAAUUUUGUGACAUUUGAAAAAAUGAAAUGGUUGUCUUACAGUUCCACAUUUCAUACAAACUAAUGUGUUCUGAAUGAUGAUUUUAUUGUGUUACAAAAGAAAGAUAAACAUAUAAACCGGCUCUAUGGGUUACUCAUAUUACUAUACUGUAUUGUAUAGAAAAACUUUUAAAUAAUGUUUAUUAUUGAAUCAUGUUUGAGUUGGAAAAAUAUACAGAAAUUUAAACAUAAAAACUACAGCAAAACAUUUUAUGGUCUGA